UAUUAUUAUUAUAGAAUUAUUAUUUUCCUGUUAAUUUAUAUAAAUACUCUCCGCUCUUCUUCUUCUUCACCACUUCCAACUUCAACAAACAUCCAUGGCCUCCUUUGUUCUAUAUUCUAUUCUCUCCGCCGUUUUCCUCUAUUUCGUUUUCAUUACCUCGAGGAAGCGCCGCCGUCUGCCUCUCCCUCCUGGUCCUAAACCAUGGCCCAUCAUUGGCAACUUGCCACAUAUGAGCCCUGUGCCUCACCAAGGUUUAGCCGCCAUGGCCAAAGUCUACGGCCCUCUCAUGCACCUCAGGUUGGGGUUCGUGGAUGUUGUGGUGGCAGCGUCCGCCUCCAUGGCGGCUCAAUUCUUGAAAGUCCAUGACUCUAACUUCUCCAGCCGCCCACCGAAUGCCGGCGCCAAGUAUGUGGCUUACAACUAUCAGGACCUUGUGUUUGCGCCGUACGGACCGAGGUGGCGGCUGCUACGUAAAAUCAGCUCCCUUCAUCUCUUCUCCGGCAAGGCUUUGGACGACUUUAGACAGAUUCGCGAGGAGGAGAUAAGAGUGUUGGUACGAGCUUUGGCAAGCGCUAAAACAAAGGUGAAUUUAGGGCAACUUUUGAACGUAUGCACAGUGAAUGCCCUGGGGCAAGUGAUGAUGGGGAAAAGGGUGUUCGGAGACGGCAGUGGAGGCUCCGAUCCAGAAGCGGAUGAGUUCAAGUCGAUGGUGGUGGAGCUGAUGCAGUUAGCCGGGGUUUUCAACAUCGGCGACUUCAUUCCGGCGCUUGAAUGGCUGGACCUGCAAGGGGUGCAAGCUAAAAUGAAGAAACUCCAUAACAGAUUCGAUAGGUUCUUGAGUGCCAUUCUUGAAGAACACAAAACCAAAGCUCGACAAAGUAAUGGGCAAGUGAAACACAAGGAUUUUUUAAGUACGUUGAUUUCAUUGGAGAAUGUUGAUGGCGCUGAAGGUGGAAAGCUCUCCGACACUGAGAUCAAAGCAUUACUUUUGAACAUGUUCACAGCAGGAACUGAUACAUCUUCAAGCACAGUUGAGUGGGCAAUGGCUGAGCUAAUUCGGCAUCCCAACAUCAUGGCUCAAGUUCGUAAAGAAUUGGACUCAGUCGUUGGUCGAGACCGCCUCGUCUCCGACUUGGACUUGCCCAAUCUAACCUACUUCCAAGCCGUCAUCAAAGAAACCUUCCGCAUCCACCCAUCCACCCCGCUCUCCCUCCCUCGUAUGGCCUCCGACAGCUGCGACAUCAACGGCUACCACAUCCCCAAGGGCGCCACCCUCUUGGUCAACGUAUGGGCCAUUUCUCGAGACCCUAACGAGUGGAACAACCCGCUUGAGUUUCGGCCCGAGAGGUUCUUGCCCGGCGGCGAAAGGCCGAACGCUGAUGUUAGGGGCAAUGAUUUUGAGGUCAUACCGUUCGGCGCCGGGCGUAGAAUCUGUGCCGGAAUGAGCUUGGGAUUGCGCAUGGUUCAACUAUUGACAGCGACGUUAGCGCAUGCUUUCGAGUGGGAGUUGGCUGAUGGAUUAAUGCCUGAGAAGCUGGACAUGGAGGAAGCUUAUGGGUUGACUUUACAACGUGCGGCGCCAUUGAUGGUGCAUCCAAGGCCAAGGUUAUCAAAGCAUGCUUAUUGAAAACGUUGUCGUUUCAUGGUGAGGAGGACUUAAGGGUAUUCAAACUUUGGUUAAAACCGAAUUAAUCGAUUAAAUCGAUCUUAUUUAGUUAAUCAGUCGGUGGUUGAACUUAGUUGUGUCGAAGGUCGGUUAAUGGCUUUUUGAAAUUUAGUUUAUUGGUUAAUUCGAUUCGAAAUCGAAUAAUUAACCGAAUUAAUCGAACUUAAUAAUUAAUAUUAUGUAUUAAUUUAAGACUUA